AUGGGUUGCGCAGCAUCCCGCGAAUCCAGCGGCCCCAAUAGCGACCACCGCCGCAAACACCACCCCUCCAGCUCCUACUACGACUGGGAUAAAAAAGGAGGCUAUAUCCCCUACCGACACAAAGGAGAGCGUAGGCCCCGUUGGCAUCAGGAGGACAAGGAAGCGUAUGCGCAACAGGUACGUGACGAAGCGGAGCGAGAACGGAAUCGUGAGGCGUUGAAGUAUUACAAUGUUCACGUAAAAAGGGGAAACCUCAGGAGACCGCAUGAUGAUGAUGAACGCAGGAAAGAGGCGGCGAGGGCAAAGAGGGAGAUGAUAAAGGUGUAUGCGAGUCCUGAUCUGAAAUCGCGUUGGAGCGAUUAG